GACAUUUUCCGUCAUUUUCCCUCAAUUAUUUGCAACUACCAUCCAUUGCUACACCACGUUCUCCUCCUCUCCAUGGCAGAUUGAACGAGAAAACCUUCUAACAAACUCUAGAGAGCGAAAGUUAACCACAGAGAGACAAAAAAAAUGUGGAGGUCGUAUUUUCAACGAACCUUAACAUUGGCGGCGACUCAUCGUAGUCGCCACUUUCUGCCUCCUCCGUCGCGGUUUCCGAUGUUUCCGGCGUUUUCAACGGCUUCGGCGGACGAACACGGAGAAGAUCAUACGGUGAUGGCGACGGCGAGAGGCGGAAGAGAGAAUGAAGCGGGGAUUUCGCUAGGAGAAGUGAAGAAACUGAUGCGAUUGGUGAAUGUAGAAGCGUUGAAGAAUAAGCUUGGAGAACAAGGUAAAGAGGUGAUUGGAUACUCGGAGCUUUUGAAAACUUGUGAGAGUAUGGGUGUUGUGAGAUCUGUUGAUGAAGCUGCUGCGUUCGCGAAGGUUCUGGAUGAUGCUGGUGUUGUUCUGCUUUUUCGCGAUAAAGUUUAUCUUCAUCCCGAUAAGGUGGUUGAACUGGUUAGGAGCUCGGUCCCACUUGCCUUAACUCCAGAAGACGAUCCUAGGAGAGCGGAGCUGCAGAGGUUACAAGAAAGAAAGGAAGAAAUUGACAGGCAGGCACACAGGCAAGUUCGUUUGAUACUAUGGUCAGGCCUUGGUGUUGCUGUAAUGCAGGUUGGGCUUUUCUUCCGUCUUACUUUCUGGGAAUUCUCGUGGGAUGUGAUGGAGCCGAUUGCAUUUUUCACAACAGCCACCGGUUUAGUGAUCGGUUAUGGUUACUUUAUGAUCACCUCAAAAGAUCCAACAUACCAAGACUUGAUGAAGACACUCUUCCUUUCAAGGCAGAGGAAGCUGUUCAAGAAGUACCAAUUUGAUGUUGACAGAUUUAAGGAGCUCAAAGGGAGGUGCAAAAAUCUUCUCGACGAAAAACAGAUAAAUAAUUUAGUACUUAAGGAUACAUAAAAAGAUUGAUCAAUAUCUUCUGCAGCAGAAAAGGAUUGGGGACAAUGAUGUCAAGAUACAAAUUUGUCCAAGUGAACAAACAAACUAGUAACUUCUGCUGCAAUUCUUACUUGACUUGUCAAAUAUCCUUGAUUUUGUACUGCAGCUAAUUAUAUAGUGCCAUUAUCAAGAAAGAUCUUGCUCUUUCUGUAAUUUUUUCCCCUUUAGGCAAAGGAUCAAGCCUUAAAAAUUUUGAAAUGGCUUACCCAUUGUUCCUAUUGAAUAGAGGAGUAUAAUAUCUUUCUAGGUUGUGGUGAACUAACACUUGCUAACAUUGACAGAAAUGUCUACAAUGAAAGUUAGCUCAUUUAUAAGAUGUUUCUUUUCCUUGUA